GGGGUCCAAAUCUUUCGCCUCCUCGGGGAUCUCUUCUAGAGAUCUAUCUCGCAACGAGAGAUGACGACGGGGCGCAGGGCGAGGCAAAUGCCGACCGCAUAGGCUGAUCAGGUUACCCAUCGCUGCAAUGCGCUGUUCGUAAAUCUCUUCCUUAGAUACUUGCCGAACAUCUCGGCUCUAGAAGAGGAGCGCUGCUAGUCUCUCCCGUUCCUCGAAUUGGAAUACAGGUUUCGGCUCGAUAUACUCACGAGUGAUGCCGCGUCGCUGUUCAUCGAUAUACCUAGUCCCGGUGGUUCGGAAAUACUAUCACCGGACUUCUACUUCGAGUACCCAUUUCACCUUGAUCCUCUCGCUGCGUAAAUGGCUUCGCUCGCGUUAGGACGUAUCGCUGAGCUCCGUGCCCCUUCCGUUCUUAAUCUUCCCAAAAGUUUCAAUGACGCUUUUCCGAAGCGGAAGGCACGACGACUUCUCGAUUUCUUGGAUACCAUGAUCGCAGUCAAUUGCGGAGGUCUCGACGUUAAUCAAGUCGGCCGCGAAGGGAUCCCGGGUCAAACUCAUAUGCCCAGCCAGUUUGAUCAGCGCGUCUUUGGAAGGCACUUCGAGGGACGCAGAUACCGAGUCGAGCUGGACAACGCUAUUACGAUAAUAGCGCUCAAAGAGACUUGUACGAGCAUGGUCCAUUACAUUACAAAGCUCCCCAUAUCUGAACCAGCUACGUCUAGAAAUGACGUUAGCAAGGGAAGCCCCAACAAGGCCAAGAAAGCACGCGGAUGUAGGAAAAUUGCUGGCGUAGGAAUGUACAUAGGAGUGAGAAUGUGCGCUUACAAUCAAUCACUUCACCAGCACCUCUGCGAUAGCUGUAUAGCCCGAGAGUAUCUGCAAAGCCAGCAGAUAUGCCUAGUCGCGCGUUCUGGUAAUAGAGAUUCAUAUACUGAACCGAUUUAUCCGGUAAUAUGGUCACCUCUCCGCCGCGAACAACAGAUCGCCGGAGAAUCGUAAUGUCAUAUAUUAACUCUUUCUAAUGUAGUUGCACACUUUUCUGGUGAGAUGGGACCGAAAAUGUAUGGAAGUCCUUAGGCUGCUUGAUCCAGUCGC